CGCGAGUUUUGCUUUUUUUUUUUGGUGUUUUCUUCCCCCUUUUCCAUCAUUUCGAGUUGUUGAUUUGUGGAGAAGGGGUGCACUAUCUUCUGCUUGAAGAUUUUUAUGUCCUGCGUGUGUGGACUAAAUGUUGUUUAGAAAUUACUCAUUGUUUUGACCACAGCUGCUGAUUGACGCCUCCCCCUUGGGCAUCUCUUAAUUUCUUAUGAUGUGUUUGUAAAUAGAUGGGACCUUUGAAAGUUUCUGUUGCCUCAGAAUUUCAUGACAGAAAAUAGAUUUGAUGCUUUGGGAAAUGUUGAUGUGUUAGCAGCUGAGUGGAUUGUUUAUAAUUCUUCGGUGACUGGCAAGAAACUGGUGAGCAGAAGCCAUUCCUAUGGUGGUUUCUGGGAUUAUAAACCCUUGAAAAGAAAAGUUAAUAUUCCAUUAUCUUUUGUGUCCAGGCGUUUUAGAUGUAAUCUUGUUGACCACAAUAGACUUGAAAAACUCAUAGUUUCUGGACUGGGUGGAGUUCAUGGUAGUAAAUCAGAGACUGAAUUAAUUGAGGAGCCCCAGUUAGGUGAUCAUUUUAAUUUGUUGAGUCCUAGCUUAACUUCAAAGAAUCCAAUUCUUAAAUCUGUAGAUAUCAAAACUAAAGCUACUAUGAACAAUGCUGGAAAAGCACAGAGGAGAAAUAUGUGGAAUCGGAUCAUUGGCAUGUAAAAGGCGACGACAAAGAAAAAUUCCCAAGUCCUGUUUCAUUGACAAAUGAGCAGGCAAUCAAUAGUGCAAAAGAAGAUUGCAAAUUAGCUGCUGUUCUAUCUGCUAUUGGGCCUGUAUCUACAACAAAUGAUUGCAUGCAUGUCCUAAAACUGCUAGAAAAGAGAAGUGAUGAGAUGUUGAUGAACUUCAUCAAAUGGAUGAGGACAAAUGGGAAGUUCAAACAAACUAUGUCAGCUUAUAAUUUUGCCAUCCAAGUAUUAGCUAGGAGAGAGGUCUGGGAACAUGCUAAUUCAAGAGAUGGUUUCUGAUUCAGAUUGUCAGCUGCACUCUCAAGUAUUUAGCCCUUUAAUACAAGUGUGCGCUAAAGGAGGGCUUGUUGAUUAGGGAGCAAAGUGGUUCCACAUGAUGUUAGAAAAAGAGGUGAGACCCAACACUGCCACCAUUGGCAUGCUUAUGGGUCUUUACCAGAGAAAGGGCAAUCUUUCAGAAGCCAAGUUUACCUUCAGCCACAUGUGGACCUGCAAAAUUCACUGUCACUGCCUACUCAUCAAUGAUCACGAUGUACACACGCAUAGGUAUGUAUGGCAAGUCUGAGGAAAUUAUCCACUUAUGGGUGAAGAUGAACUGGUUCCAGAUUUGGAGGGUUGGUUUGUCUUAAUACCUACAGUCAGAAGGUAAGCUGAAGGAGGCUGUGUCUGAGUUGACAUUUUGAUGCAAGAAGCUGGAUACUCCCCCAAUAUUGUUGCAUACAAUAUUUUGAUCACAGGGCAUGGGAAGCAAACUGAUGUCAAGGCUACAGAACUUGUAUUUUAGAGGUUCCAACUCAUAAGCUUGGAGCCGGAUGAAACAACAUAUAGGUCCAUGAUUGAAGGUUUCGGUAGAGCUGACUAGUAUAAAGAGGCUAGCCACUUUUAUGUGGAACCCAAGAGAUCAGGAUUUAAACCUAACUCUUCAAACUUCUACAUGAUGGUCAACUUGCUUGCCAGGUGUGGGGAUAACAGUGAUAUUGUUCAAACACUGAAAGAUAUGAGGGCGGCUGGCUGCCAAUAUUUGUCAAUGUUGAGUAGCCUUCUGCAGGCAUAUGAGAGGGUUGGCAGAUUAGAUGAAGUUUUUCAAAUUUUAAAAGCUUUUUUUAUGAUGAAAUUUUAGUGGAUCAGACAUCAACUUCUAUGUUAGUCAUGUCCUAUGUACAAAAUUCCCUCGUGGAUGAUACUUUCCAGAUUUUGCAGGAAAAAAGGUGGAAAGAUUCAAAUUAUGAAGACAGCUUGUACCAUUUGCUAAUAUGUUCUUGCAAGGAGGCCAGUCGUUAUGAGGAUGCUAUUAGGACUUAUAAUAAGAUGCCACAGUCUGACAUUUACCCAAAUCUGCACAUCACAUCUUCAAUGAUUGAUGUAUUCAGUAUCCUGAACAGAUUCACUGAAGCAGAGGAUCUUUACUUGAAGUUGAUUCAUUGUGGAGAUGCUGCUAACACGAUAACUUUCAAUGUGAUGCUCGAUAUCUAUGGUAAAGCAGGGUUCCUUAUCAAGGCCAGGAAAGUAUUCUGGAUGGCUCACAAACAGUAUUUAGCUGAUAUUAUUUCCUACAAUACCAUAAUAUCAGUCCACGGCAAAAACAAGGAUUUUAAGCUGAUGAGAUAUUUUGUUCAAAGAAUGAGAAAUGCUGAUUAUUCUUCCUUCCUUGAAGCAUACAAUUCUAUGUUGGAUGCAUAUGGAAAAGAAGGUCUGCUUGAGAAGUUCAAUGAAGUGCUGCAGGAGAUGAAACAGACCAGUUGUACUUCCAAUCACUACACAUACAACAUUUUGAUUAAUAUAUACGGAAAGAAGGGUUGGAUUGAGGAAGUUGCUGAUGUGCUCAGUGAGCUGAAACAAUGUGGAUUAGAACCUGAUUUAUAUAGCUACGACAGUUUAAUCAAGGCUUAUGGAAUUGCUGGAAUGGUUGAAGAGGUUGUCAAUGUAGUACUGGAAAUGCGAACGAAAGGAAUUGAUCCUGAUCGUGUGGCUUACUCUAACCUCGUGGUCGCUCUCCGACAAAAUGAAAAUUCUCUAGAAGCUGUCAAGUGGUCACUUUGGAUGAAGCAAAUUGGAAUGUCAAAGUAAAAGUCU